AAAGGAGGAGGGCAGAGCCAGAGGAGGGACAGCCUGACGCAGACAGCCCUGACUCAACCUGCCAGCCCCCUUACCUGUCAGCCUUGAGGAGAUGGAACAGCCCAGCCUACUAGGCCUGCCCCCACUCCCCAACUUCCCUUGAUAAUGAACCAGAAACUGAAACUAAAACGGCUCGGCUUGAUGAGUCACUUCCCAAAGUGACUAAAGUAGCUGAGAAGUAGAAACAGAGGCAGAAGAGAACCCAGGGCACUGGGACAGGACUUCCUGAGGGUCUGAGGAGCAUGGCAGGCAGCCCAGAGGUGGUAGCCAUGGACUGUGAGAUGGUGGGGCUCGGGCCUCAAAGGGUGAGUGGCCUCGCCCGCUGCAGCAUUGUGAACGUCCACGGCGCAGUCCUCUAUGACAAGUACAUCCAGCCUGAGGGAGCGAUCACGGACUACAGAACCCAAGUCAGCGGGAUCACGCCUCAGCACAUGGCAAGGGCCACACCAUUUGCUGAAGCCAGGCUAGAGAUCCUGCAGCUUCUGAAAGGCAAGCUGGUGGUGGGCCAUGACCUGAAGCAUGACUUCAGUGCCCUGAAGGAGGACAUGAGAAAAUACACCAUCUACGACACGUCCACAGACAUGCUGCUGUGGCACGAGGCCAAGCUGCACUGCUACAGCCGUGUGUCCCUGAGGCUGCUGUGCAAGCGCCUGCUGCACAAGAGCAUCCAGAACAACUGGCGGGGCCACUGCUCUGUAGAAGAUGCCAGGGCCACAAUGGAGCUCUACAAAAUCUCUCAGCGACUCAGAGCCCAGCGAGGGCUGCCCUGCCUGGGAACAUCAGCCUGAACUUCAUCCUCAUCCAGGAUCAGAAGCAGCUACUCCUUGAAGGACCAUAGUUUUCCAUGAAUGAGACCUGUUUCUAGCUACAACAACAACAACCACAAAAUGCAAAACCAAGAACACUCCGCCAUUACAGCAGUUCUCUUGCUUUGGAGCAAAGAAAAAGAAAAAAAAAAAAAACCAAACUUUAGUAAUAAAUGACUUUGAUUUUGUCUAAUCAA